AUGGCACCCCGAUCCAGCCAUCAAAGCCAUGUCUAUGCCGCCGUCUACUCGGGUAUUCCCGUGUUUGAGAUGAUGUCACAAAACGUUGCGGUAAUGCGCCGCCGGCUGGACUCGUUCCUGAACGCCACCCAGAUCCUCAAGGUUGCUGGCAUCGAGAAGGGCAAGCGCACCAAGAUCCUUGAGAAGGAGAUCAUGAUCGGCGAUCACGAAAAGGUUCAGGGUGGCUAUGGAAAGUACCAGGGCACUUGGGUGCCAUUCGAGCGCGGACUGGCGCUCGCCAAGCAGUACGAGGUCGAUCAUCUCCUCCAGCCCCUCUUUGAGUUCAACAUGGGCCCGGGCAGCGACAUCGAGGCCCCGACAAAGGAACAGUUUCUCUCCCAAAACAAGCUCGCCAAGUCCGCUGCCGGCUCGUCCAGCAUCAUCAUCUCAUCUCGCCGGCUUUCCAAGCUGAAUUCGUCCGCCGGUUCAACGGGCUCGCCCUUCAAGUCCUCAUCGGUGCGAGUCUCCCGUGAGCGUCGUGCUGGGCGGUCGGCCCACCGCUCCAGCGACGACGACGAGGAUGAUGAGGAUGAGGACGAAGAUGCCGACGACGAGGAGUACGAGGAGCAAGACGACGACGACAUCCCGCCGGAAGCUGCUCCAUGCUUCCAGGACGAGGAACACGCUGGUCUUGCUGGAAGUGCAUACUCGGUCGAGACCGACGAUGGUUCCUUGAGCGUCCGUCGGUCUGAGCGAAACAUGCUGAAAUCUGCGCUGGCAUCCAGCGUCGUUGCUGACGAGCCUAUCGAGGUCACCCAGGAUGUGCAAAUGGAAUCUGACGACGACCACGAGUCGUCGCCGAGGUCUCCGGGAUCGGACGCCCUUCACGCCCGCUGCAGUCCGCUUGCUCCAGCCCGAGACGGCCGCGAUGGCGAGCCCGAUCUCCUGCCGGCCACCAAGCGCAUGCGGAUGGAGGACACCAGCGCCUACAGCUACAACGGCUGCAACACCGUCUUCUAUCCUCCCGUCCAUUCGUUCGAGUAUGCCGAGAACAGCAUGGAGAACUACCGGGCCAUCCUGCUUGCCGGCUUUCUUCACGACGACCCUGGCUUUGUCCCGGAGAUCCUGACCAGCCCCGACCCGCUGCCAGGCUUCGAUCCCGACGUUAUCAUCGAUGACCAAGGACACUCGGCGCUGCAUUGGGCCGCAGCCCUGGCCCGCGUCCCUAUCUUGGAGCUGCUUCUGAAGAGAAAGAGUAAUCCGCGCCAGGUCAACCACUGCGGCGAGAGCGCCCUUGUCCGGGCAGUGCUCUUCAUCAACAACUACGACCACCAAACCUUUGGCGAGGUCCUCGAUCUCCUCGAGGAAUGCAUUCCCCUCGUGGACAAAAAGAAGCGCACGCUGAUGCACCACAUUGCCAAUAUCUCCGGAUACAAAGGCCGUCGCCAGGCUGCCCGGUACUAUAUGGAGUGCCUUCUUCACUUUAUGGCCGAGAACAGCGCCGACUUUGCUGCCAUGGUCGAUCUGCAAGACAAGAACGGCGACACGGCGCUCAACAUAGCCGCCCGCAUGGGCGACCGCAGCCUCGUCGAGCAGCUCCUGAACGUCGGAGCCAACCCGAACAUCUCCAACCUGGCGGGACUGAGGCCGGUGGACUUUGGAUACAAUCUCUCGGCUCCUUUCACACCGCGCUUCGAUACCAGCGGCGGCGCUCAGACAACUCAGCUCCUUGGUAAACGACAUCACCAAGACACCGCCCACCAGUCGUCCGACCAGCCCAGCGCCAUCCCCGCCUCCACGGGAUCUCCCUUUUCAAGCGCCCACAAGACCGACAUGACUGGAGCAAUACCGCUGGCCAUCGUGGAUUCAUCCGGGAUCGGCACGAUCGUCAAAUACCCGACGCUUCUGUCGUGUGACGAGGUCAUGGAGACCGACACAUUGGGCUCGACAAGCAACGAUAGUGCUGGCUCGGACCAAACUACUGCCCUGCCAGCAUUCGCUCCAGCCCAUGCUGCCCAGCACGCCAAAGUCGGACAGGAAAUUGUGUCGACCGUACAGAGCAUGAUCGACGCCAUGAGCACUACAUUUUCGAAUGAGCUUGCCUACAAAGAGGAGCUCCUGGCGACCACUCGACAGCAGCUGAGGGACAUGGUCAAGGAACUCGCCGAACUGCGGGCCACCAACGAAACACUGCGCCAGCAAGCACUGCAGGUCCCCGAGCUGCUGGAGAGAAUCUCCAAUCUGACUGCGUGGCUGAAGGAGGCUGCCGACUCCAAAUCGGUUGCUUGUACUGACGGUCUCGGCCACUUGGCGGCAACAAGCAGCGCCAACGAAGGCGGCGUCGGCGGUUUGGCGACGGUUGAUAUCCAUUCGGAGAUUGCCCAGCUACGCCAGCGACUUGAAAUGGUCCAGAAGAGCGAGCAACAGCUUUUAUCGGAGCUAGUCGAGCUCAAGUCGUGCUGCAGCCCCAAAAACCCGCCCGUGUCGAGAUCCGGCUCCGCAACGGAGGGCUGUGAGACCGUCGCCACAGGCGAUAAGGACCACAGAACCAACGCCAAGGGAGCAAACGGUAAUGCCAACGCUCGAGUCACGCAUACCCAGCAAGAGGAAACAGCGAACCAGGACACGACCAUGUUUGCACACGAGCAGGCCGGCGACUACUUCAAGUACAAACGCAUCGUUGCCAAGUGCUGCCAGGUCGAUUACGACAAAGUCGACAGUCUCCUCCCAGGACUGUUGGCGGCGGUCGAGACGGACCAGCACUGCGAGCCGAGCCAGAUGGCCCACUUUCUGGGCUGGAUAAAGCAGCUGCGGGCCUCCGAGGAGACAAGCAAGCCGCGCGAGUAGAGAUGUUGCUGGUGGGAAGCGGCCGUUCCUGCAUUGUUCUGCGGCGCCCUGGGAGGAGCGAAGGACGGGUACAAUUCAUCCACAAAAUGAACCGCACUUGAUUCCGAGC